GCCGGGAGUUCGGUGCGCAAUGGCGACGCCCAGCCUGCGCGGUCGCCUACCGCGGCUAGGAAACCCGCGGAAGCCUAUAUUGAAGCCCAACAAGCCCCUCAUCCUAGCUAACCGUGUUGGGGAACGACGCCGGGAGAAGGGCGAGGCGACUUGUAUUACAGAGAUGUCGUUGAUGAUGGCGUGUUGGAAGCAGAAUGAAUUCCGCGACGAAGCGUGCAGAAAAGAGAUCCAGGAUUUCUUCGAUUGUGCUUCGAGGGCUGAGAGAGCCCGAAAGAUGCGAUCAAUCCAGGACACAGGAGAAUUUGGGGAUUUACCCCCCAAGAAACUGAAUAAAUUGUUACAGAGAUUUCCUAACAAAUCUCAUGUCAGUUGAAAAUGGAGAAGCAUUUUCUAUGACUGGACUGUAGCUACUGAGAACUAUGCAGAGGUGUUUGGAGACGUUUGCACUGCCAUGCUCUAUUUGAAAGGUGAAAGGAGGCAAGACACCUUUUUCACCCUUUGGAAUCAUUGUCAGGAUGGAAGUUAUGCUUUAUCUUGAAAUAAAAUCCUCUAAAGAGAACUUGGCCUUUGUUGUAGAUUAGGUUCUCCCUCCAUACUUGAACUCUGUAUCCUCCCUGAGACUGGAAGUUCUUUGCUCUCUGAUUUGCCCCAGGAGCAGGACAGAUUUAUUCUUGUUCUGCAUUUGAAGUCCUUACACCAUUUAGUACCCUUGCCUUUGGAUGCCAUAAGGGAAUUGAAGUUUGCCUAUAUGCAGAGUUUUUUUGCCAUCAUUUGUAAGUAUUUAGUGACUGCCUGUUUUGUGCAUAGCCCCUGCAAAAUGCUCCCAGAAUAAUCAGAAGUUCACAAACUGGUGCACAAAGUUACUGCAGAUGUAUUUUAUUUAGCCAACACAAUUAAAAAUUUCUUUUUGAAUUAGAUGACCACCUUCAAAAAUAGGAAAGGUGUCAUUAAAAAUCCACUUUGGAGCUUUCCAUUAAAAAAAAAAAAAGGAUCUGGCAACACCAAUAUCUUAUUCCUGCAUGGCAAUAAUCGAGUAGAACUGAUUAUCAUUUGUCUCUAUUCUCCAUACCUGGAGAAUACCAGGCAUUGGCCUCUCUCAAAUGGUGAAACUGAAACUUAUUUGGCAGUUGUCUUCUUUGUGUAUCACCCGUUCACUCUCAUUAAGUUAUCCACCUAGUUGCUAAAGGUAUUAACUUCUGUGACCCCUUGAUAUUAGAAACAAUUGUAUAGUAUUUUAUGUAUACUCUGCCCUUUCAGGCAUAGCUAACUUAACCUUUCCUAUAUACGUUAGAGCAUUAAAUAGACAAAGGGAUCAGUGGGGCUUCUAAAUCUCCAUUGGGAUAAUUAUUCAGAUAAAGAAGGGGUCUUGCCUCCCUGACCCCCACAGCUACCUCUUCCUAUAGUCCUCAUCUCCUCUGGGUAUGGCACUGGGCAGUUGCCUGGUUCCAACAGCUGAGGCUUUUAGCGGUAGGAAGAAGCUCAGCGCUUAGGCACUUUGGACUGGACUUAGGAGUUCUUAACCUAGGGUCAGUAGAUUCCCAGUAAGAGUUCUGUGGACAGGAAUGGGAAACAAAUUUUAUCUUUAGCCACAACUGAAAUUUAGUAUUUCAGUUAAGACUGAGGGAAACAAACCACAGUAUCAGCAAUAUCUGUGAAAUCAUAUUUUCAUGUAGUAGGUUGCAGAUACCUCAAUAUCAUACCCAUCACUAGCUUCAAAAUUAUGGUAGUUAUUACACUUGCUGUUGGAUCUUACUUAAUGUGUAAAUAAAGAAG